AUGGAGGCGUCGAACAACGGGUCCAGUUUUGGGAUCGACUCCCUGCUUUCCCACAGACCCGGUAGUCCAGCCAUUACUAAGGGGGACAGUUUAGUGGGCGAAUGCAGGUCACCUCUGGAGUUCAGCCCGAGGUCCGACCUGGAAAGCGGCUGUUCCUCUCCACCAUCACCCAGGAGGGAGUGUGGUGACGAGGCAGCACAGAGACAGGGUCACGCUCUCGGACUGCCGCCCCAUCUGCAGCAUGGGCCGAUAUCCGCCGGGUCCCAGCCACGGACUGUCACAUCCUCUUUCCUCAUUAGAGACAUAUUAGCCGACUGUAAACCUUUGGCUGCUUGUGCACCGUACUCCAGUAAUGGUCAGCCAACACAAGAAGCUGGGCGACUGGCAUCAAAAAUCGCAGACGAUUUCAUUGAGAAAAUCCACAGCAACUCUUCAUCAGACAGCGAAUACAAAGUGAAGGAGGAGGGCGACAGAGAAAUUUCAAGCAGUAGAGACAGCCCCCAGGUCCGUCUGAAGAAACCACGAAAGGCUCGAACUGCUUUCACCGACCAUCAGCUGGCACAACUUGAACGCAGCUUUGAGCGCCAAAAGUAUUUGAGCGUGCAGGACCGAAUGGAGCUAGCUGCGUCUCUCAACCUCACGGACACCCAGGUUAAAACCUGGUACCAAAACAGAAGGACAAAAUGGAAGAGGCAGACGGCAGUUGGACUCGAACUAUUAGCAGAAGCCGGAAAUUAUUCAGCUCUGCAAAGAAUGUUUCCAUCACCGUAUUUCUACCCACAAAGCUUGGUGUCAAAUUUGGACCCUGGAGCAGCGUUGUAUCUGUACAGAGGACCCUCAGCACCCCCGCCGGCAAUGCAGCGACCCCUCGUUCCAAGGAUUCUUCUGCAUGGUCUGCAGGGCGGCAACGAGCCGCCACCACCUUUGCCCCCGCUCUCCGGUGUGCUGCCUAGGCCGACACAACCACGAUGA